UGCGUGGUUAAGAAAAGAAGAACGUAGACUAUAUAAUCAUAUAUAUUGGGUUGUGCUGUUCAAUGUAACACUCAAUAGCAACUAAUAAUAAUGGAAGAUAUUACCAUAGGCCUGGUGGCUCUUGCCGCGGUUCUUCUCUUCUUUCUUUACCAAAAACCGAAAACCAAACGGUACAAGCUGCCUCCAGGCCCAUCGCCGCUUCCGGUGAUCGGAAAUCUCCACCAGCUUGAGAAGCUUAACCCCCAACGGUUUUUCGCUAGAUGGGCCAAAAAAUACGGACCAAUCUUGUCAUACAAGAUUGGAAGCAGAACAAUGAUGGUGAUAUCGUCGGCUGAACUAGCUAAAGAGCUUCUCAAGACGCAAGAUGUCAACUUCGCCAACCGACCUCAGCACCAUGGCCAUGAGUUCAUAUCCUACGGCCGGCGUGACAUGGCAUUGAACCACUACACACCGUAUUACCGAGAGAUGAGGAAGAUGGGGAUGAACCAUGUAUUCUCACCUGCACGUGUGGCCACCUUUAAGCACGUCCGGGAGGAAGAGGCUAGGAGGAUGAUUUAUAAGAUCGAUAAGGCCGCGGAAAAAUCCGAAGCGGUCGAUAUAAGCGAGCUUAUGUUGACCUUCACGAACUCGGUUGUGUGUAGACAAGCGUUCGGGAAGAAGUACAACGAAGAGGGGGAAGAGAUGAAGAGGUUCAUCAGUAUUCUCUAUGGGACUCAGAGCGUUUUGGGGAAGAUAUUUUUUGCAGAUUUUUUUCCCUAUUGCGGCUUUCUUGAUAAUUUGUCAGGCCUCACAGCUUAUCUGAAAGAAUGUUUUGAUAGAGCAGACCUUUAUCUUCAAGAGGUUGUCAAUGAGACGCUUGAUCCCAAAAGGGCCAAGCCCGAAACCGAGAGCAUGAUCGAUCUCUUGAUGGGGAUUUACGAAGCACAACCUUUGGCUUCUGAGUUCACUAUUGAUAAUGUCAAAGCCGUGAUCAUGGAUAUCAUAGUGGCGGGAACAGAUACCGCAGCUGCGGCGGUUGUGUGGGGGAUGACGUAUCUAAUGAAGUACCCUCAAGUAUUGAAGAAAGCUCAAGCAGAAGUGAGAGAAUAUAUGAGAGAGAAAGGUUCAACGUUCGUUAACGAAGAUGAUGUCAAGAACCUUCCUUACUUCAAGGCCUUAGUUAAAGAAACCCUAAGGAUCGAACCGGUCAUACCUCUCCUUAUCCCUCGUGCAUGCAUUCAAGACACCAAGAUCGCGGGUUACGACGUCCCGGCUGGGACUACCGUCAACGUCAACGCGUGGGCUGUGUCACGGGACGAGAAGGAGUGGGGACCGAACCCUGACGAGUUCAGGCCCGAGAGGUUUUUUGAGAAGGAUGUUGACUUCAAAGGCACGGACUACGAGUUCAUACCGUUUGGGUCAGGCCGGAGAAUGUGCCCCGGAAUGCGUCUUGGUGCGGCGAUGCUUGAGGUUCCUUACGCGAACCUUCUUCUCAAUUAUAACUUUAGACUUCCUAAUGGGAUGAAACCAGACGAGAUCAACAUGGAUGUCAUGACUGGUCUCGCUAUGCACAAGGCGCAGCAUCUCAAGCUUGUUCCCGAGAAAGUGAACAUGUACUAAUUAAGAUAUAGUCAAAUAAAUCUACCAUCUCUCAUUAUAUGAUAUAUGUUUUUAUAGUGUAUUCUGCUUCAAUGUUUGGUUUCUUUAUUAAGUGGACUCGUAUCUCUUAUCUUUCAAUCUUUCUCUUCACAUUUUCAUGAA